AUGACUUUCUUAAUUUCUUUUCGGUCAUUCUUCCUCUGUGAAUUUCCUUAUCAUUUCUUUCUUUCUUUCUUUCUUUCUUUCUUUCUUUCUUUCUUUCUUUCCGGUCAUUCUUUUUCUAUCUCUUUCUUUAUGACUUUCUUAAUUUCUUUUCGGUCAUUCUUCCUCUGGGAAUUUCCUUAUCAUUUCUUUCUUUCUUUCUUUCUUUCUUUCUUUCUUUCUUUCUUUCUUUCUUUCUUUCUUUCCGGUCAUUCUUUUUCUAUCUCUUUCUUUAUGACUUUCUUAAUUUCUUUUCGGUCAUUCUUCCUCUGUGAAUUUCCUUAUCAUUUCUUUCUUUCUUUCUUUCUUUCUUUCUUUUUUCUUUCUUUCUUUCUUUCUUUCCGGUCAUUCUUUUUCUAUCUCUUUCUUUAUGACUUUCUUAAUUUCUUUUCGUCAUUCUUCCUCUGUGAAUUUCCUUAUCAUUUCUUUUCUUUCUUUCUUUCUUUCUUUCUUUCUUUUUUUUUUUUUCUUUCUUUCCGGUCAUUCUUUUUCUAUCUCUUUCUUUAUGACUUUUUUAAUUUCUUUUCGGUCAUUCUUCCUCUGGGAAUUUCCUUAUCAUUUCUUUCUUUCUUUCUUUCUUUCUUUCUUUCUUUCUUUUUCUUUCUUUCUUUCUCAUUCUUUUUUCUAUCUCUUUCUUUAUGA